AUGGUUGUUUACCUUGCUUGGUUUUCGAACUUGACACACAUAGCGUGUCUUACUCUUUUGCGAGGAUACCUCCACCAGCACCAAAAUGAACGGAGAUGGCGAUUAGGACUCAUGCUCAUCUUAUGGAUGUUGCUUCUGGUGGCGAUUGGGCCCACACUAUGGAUGAACUGGAUGUAUGACGACAGUUACCCAGGCUUACCUAGCACCAACGCGCGUUGCUUCUUUCAUCCAUCAGUGGCAUUGAAAACCAUUCAAUGGAGAACAUGCGAAAAGUACCGCGAAGAUGAUGAGGUUGCAGAAUGUGUGGCAGCUAGCGACGACGGUGAGGCCUUUUUGAGUUCAACCGAGGCGCUUCAGUCCGCAGUAACGUCAAUCGUUUUGACCGUAUUCACAUUCUUCACACGGAUGGCUAAGAUUAUUCAACAAUGGUCGAUCACCAUCAGAAGGAAUGUUAGGUCAAGGGCUAACAAAUUUGACACAAGCGCCAUUUUGUCUUUGUUACAGAAGCCCCGUACAGGGUGGAGAGCCCGACUUUGGACUUCCAUCUUAUUUCUCCGAGUAGCGCUGAACUUGACGGCAAGACUCUAUGCUGAUCUCGUAUCCUCCGAGCUCUCAGAUGUUUACUGGCUGUUUGUUUCUACGGUUUGGGGCACUCUGCGCAUCAUUGGCGUGCGACUCUCCGUCGAAGUGGAUGAGAAUUCGUGGGAAUUCGGGCAAAUACUGCCUGUGUUCUUGCUCAUUGGACCCAUAAUGGCAACGGUACUACCAAUCAUAGUCAGUAGACCUGUGGUAACCGGAAAUCCGGGCUUGAAUAUCUCGACUGUCGUCGGAUCGCAUUUGGAGACUUCUGGAACACCACAACGCCAGGCCCAAAUCGAACCCACAGGGCCUGAUAGAAUAAGACCCAUUUCUGCACCAUCGACGUUUUCUCCCAACACAGAAAUGACGUCUUCUGAAGGCGUAACGACCUCAGCAGAACCUACACAAGAGAACCCAACCACAUCGUCAACACAAGCACUGAAUAAUGCGUUGCAGCCUUUGUCCAGGCUCUUGAGGUCAGCACGACGUACAGACUGGACCUUGCCCCAAGUUGCUGCGGACGACAUCGACAACCAGCUACGGUCGUACUACAGACAGGACCAAUGGAUGGAACAGGUCACCGCUCUAGCCUGUCUCCAGGUGAUUCCGGUAACGAUCAUGGUUCUUCUCGAAAUGAGUGGAGACGGUGUAAAUAGAGUAAACAACGCGCUCGUUAUUACGCUAUCGUACUCUACAAACAUAAUCCUGCUUCAACCCUUCAACUGUCUAUUCGCG